CUAUAAAGUUAGCAUCACAUGCUAAUAACAUUAAGCAUGGCGCACGCCGAAAUGCGAAAUGCGCAUGCUCAGGAGUUGAUUUGGUCACGUGACGUGUCACAUGGCGCAGAUGAUCAAGGAAAUACGAGAAAACAGAUAGCCUCACUAUUUAUAAUGCUUACUUUAAAUCACGAAGUUAAUUAUUUUUUAAAAGUUGUCUUUUUGUGUCUAUACAUAGUUAGCCAUGGAUAUGCGGGUAAAAUGAAGAUCGUUGAAGAGCCAAAUACAUUUGGGCUGAACAAUCCUUUUUUGGCUCAAGGAAGCAGACUACAACCCAAAGUGGACCCUUCACCAGUAUCAGGUCCUGCACAUCUUCACCAUCUUUCCGGGAAGUGUUUCAGCUUGACAGAGUCAACAUAUAAAUAUGAAUUGUGUCCAUUCCACAACAUUACUCAGCAUGAGCAGUCAUUCAGAUGGAACGCCUACAGUGGGAUAUUAGGGAUCUGGCAGGAGUGGGAAAUAGUAAACAACACGUUCACUGGCAUGUGGAUGAGAGAUGGGGAUACUUGUGGAACCAGAAACCGAGAAACAAAGGUGAUUCUGGUUUGUGGCUCAAGCAGUAAGCUUUCUCAGGUGUCAGAACCCAGCACGUGUGUGUACUCAAUAACCUUUGAGACACCACUGGUCUGCCAUCCACACUCGCUUUUAGUGUACCCAACCCUCAAUGAGAAGCUGCAAAAGGAAUGGGAUGAAGCUGAGCAGGUUCUCUAUGAGGGUCUAGUUACAGAGCAGGGGUACAAAGGUCUUUUGAAAGACAUUUUUGAGGAGGCCGGACUACUAAAGAGCCACGAAUUGAAAGCCAGUCUGCCGAAAGCUAAAACCGACUCAAAAAGUCCCAAUUCUUUACAGAAGUGUAAGGAGGACUAUCAAAAACAAAGUGUAGAGCUGGAGAGGCUGCGUGCUCUCCUCACUCAGCACAACAUUCCCUUUGAUUCACAGCCAGAGGAAGAAAAAGACACAGCAACUGUGACCGUCGGGAGCGAACACCUGAGAGGAGACACUGGCCUCAUCGACCUGCAUUGAAAACAGCAAACUGGAUUUAAACAUUUGUUUUUUGCAAGGCUUUUCUGUCGUUUUGAUCAAUUGAUAUAUUCUACUUUGGUUUUUAACUGCACAUUAUCUAGAGAAAUAAAAAUGUUGUCAAUGUUGCUUAAUUCUUGUAAAUUUUGAACAUUUAAAAAAGUGCUCAAGGCCUUUCAGGUGUAAAGUCACUGAGUGUUUUUGUUUAUUUUAUUUUACUUUACUAAAAAAUAAAAGCCUUUUUCUCAACACA